ACAUUAUUUCUUAUAGAAAUGCAAUAUCGGCAAUAUUAAAUUAAGAGUUUGGCUUGGUAAAAUAUUUGCUGCUAAUUUGCAAUUGUAUAGCCAUGCGUAUUUUUUAUUGAUUUUUUGAAAUUGAGAUAUAACUGCGUGUUAUGUGACAGUUGUUUGUGUUUCAUUAAACGGUCUUCAGUUCCCCGAAUAAUUAAUCGACAAUGACCGAUAGUGACUAAUUAAUAAAUUCAUUAAUAAAAUCGGUCAACUUUUCGAUAUUGUAAACACGUAUUGUGUGAGAGUAUAUUAUAAAAGAAAUAGUUUUAAAAAGCUGCAAACAUGUAAAAUAAUCUAAAAAUCUAAAAUUAUCAAUGUACUUUUUAUAGUUCAAACUAAGCAAUUUGCAAAAGAAAAUAAGAAUUUCCAAGGUAAUAUUUUUUAUUUUAAACGAGUUUUUUCAGAUGAGAUGCACACAAUCGCACUUUGACAGGCUAGAUUAUUUAUGGUUCGGAUUAAAUAUAAUAUCUUAUUUGUAUUGUGAAAUAAUUUAUAUCCGUACACACUUAAUAAAUUAAAUUUUGUAAUAGCUUUUAGAUCUAUAAUAGAUAUCAUUAGUCUACAGUCAAAAAUUAUUUUAAACCAGACAAGGUGUUUGUUAUAGAUUUUUGAGUACUAAAAACGUAUUUUUUUUGUGACAUUUGAAAAUUUUUUUAAACAAGCUUAUUAUUAUCUUAAAUUUAUAAUCACAAGUCAUAAAUAUAUUGCUUAUCAUCCGCUAUGACAUGUAUUUUUUAUUACGAAAUUUUUUAUCACAAUUUUAUUUUUUAAUCAUACUAUAAAUAAUUAAAAUUAAAGAGUUUUAUUAAUCCUAACAGAAAAAACACCUUAUAAAAAAGAAUAUCAAAAAUAACAUUUAAUUUAAGCGUUAUUUCAGACACUUAAUUUCAUUGUAACCCUGAACUUAAGAAUUAACUUAACUAUUUUUCUAAAUUUUAAUGUUACUGUUAAAUUAAGAGUAAUAUUCAUAUUAACUCUCAAAUUAAGAAUAAGAAUAAGCUAAAUAUGUAGUUUAAUGAAUAAACAGCAACACUUUACAGUUUACACUCAGAAAUAAAAUGUUAGUCUUCUUUAGUGAUUACGUUAGUAUUCUUUAAUGAUUACAAUAAAUAAUACUAUCAAUGACUAUUUUUAUUAAUAAAUUUUUUGUUAUCACUAUUACUCUUUGAUCACUUUUAUGUUAUUAAAUUUUAUUUUGUUUUAAAAUAUUUGAUUUUUGCUUAUUUUAAUUUUUAAUCUUAAAUAAUCAAGCUGGUUGUAUUCUGUAGUAAAAUGAAACAAAGUAGUAUACGACAUGGCUAAUGAGAAAACAUCUUUUCUUUACGAAUGGAAUUUUGACAAAUAUAAAAAUUUUCAAAGAUUUGUGAGAUAGUUAAUUUAGAUUUCUGUAGUUAUCGCUUUGUUUUAUGUUUUGUGUUUAAUGUUUAAUGUUUUGUAACACAUAUAGUACACAGAUUAUAGCUGUAUUCUACACAUUAUUAACGUAUUAUUUAUUUUUGUUUAAUAUUCGAAUAACUAGAAUUCAAUCCGAACAACAAAUGAUACAUUAUACGCAUCAUACAUGAAAGGAAUACAGCCCUAAUUUACCUGUUAUAUGAAGUAGUUACAAAGUAUUAAAAUAAUAACUACAGAAAUAUAAAUUAACUGUAUUACAAAUCAUUGAAAACUUCUAUACAUUUUUUUUAAAUUUCACAAAUAUGAAAAUAUUAAAAAAAUAAAUAAUUUAAAAUUUAAUUAAAAAUUUAUUAACUAGAAAUUCUGAUACAUUUAAGAGGAAAAACUAUCAAGUAACAAAGAUUCUGGUAUAUUUAACAGUAAAAAAUUAAUUGUGCUUAUUUGAUGAUUUCUAUAAAAAUUUUAAUUUAUCCGUUUUUGUACAGUUAUACUGAUUCAAUCUAUCAAUUUUUUUAUUAAUGUACAAUCUCUUUUUUCAGUAUGUACAGUGUAAUUUUGUAUCUUUUCGUAGAAUAAUUACGACAGAAGCUUGUGCCGCGUGUAAGAUUAUAAAUUUGCCAAGAUAUGAGUGUCGUAUGCGCUUAGUAUAGUAAUAAUAUAUGAUUAAAAUAAUUAAGAAUUUAUAAGCUUUUUAGCCUCGCCAAGAUUAACAAUUAGCAGUACUAUAAAAAUGAGUGUCUCAUGGAGAGUGGAAAGUCCAUUCUGAACAUUUGUAACGAAUCCCUGUCAACUGUUAUUUUAAAGCCAUAAAAUUGAACGCAAUGCCGAAUUAUGGACAAUCGCGAGCACGGAGGUUAUUAUAAUUAUAGUUACAAUUAAGUGCCAAGUUGUAAUAUUUGGGAAAUAAGUAAUUUUUCUACUCAAAAAGAAGAAAGUAUCUUGAAGAGGUCUGGAGUCAUCUUUUACCAAAGCUUCUGCUUUGAAUUCUAAUUCUUUAGGCGGAACGAAUUCCAAAAUUUCCUUUGUUUGUACCGCAAAGUACACAAAAUUGGCAGUAGCGAUGAGAUCACUGAAGCUGAAAUUGUCAAAAUCAAGAAUUGCCAAGACAUCUCAAGAGAAUUUCUGAAGACAUAAUUUUUUGAAAGUCACAAGGUUUUCUUCGCCGUCAGAGGAGCCGCUGAAAAAAUCUGUAAAAUCGCACAAGGUAAUAGGCAGAAGGAAAAUCUGUCUUCUCAGCCAAAGAAAAAGAAAACAUCAGGCAAAUAUAACACCGCAGCAAGGAUCGAUUAUCUAAGUGUAACUAACAUUUAUAUCUGUACACACUUGAUAUUCGAGCUGACCGGCUAUGGCCGUACAAAACCCUCACUAUCAGUAAAGCAGCUGAAGGCGGCAGAAGAGAUCAAACCGCUCUAUGGGCGGUUCAUUAAUAAGAGAUUAUACAUUAAAACUUGUUAGACAACAACAAAGAGGCGACACGACGAUUAUUGCAGCCAUUGCCAGUGCAGAACGAGAUAAUUCGUGGGACCACGAGCUAGGAGAAUCGUACUACAAUAUAGCCGCUUUAUUACUGUAAGUCUAUCUGUUUUUAAGUUUUUGCGACGAAUAAAUGUCCGACGAAGAUAAAGACAAUCGAAUGUUUCAAUUGAAUAAAUUGUGAUUAAUACUUAACAAUUAAAUCGACGCUUACGAUUAGAUAAAACUGGAGUUUUGUGCUAAACGCGAUCAAUGCACAAGAAAUAAUCGAAAGCAUGAAUAAAGCAUUAAUUGUUAUGUAUUAUAAAAUUCUAGCGACUGCGAGAUAACUUUGUUGGUAAACGUCAUAAAAAAUUAUCCAUUUCCUUUUAAUGAUACCGAUAUGAGAUUAAUAAUAGUUAGCAAUCUAACGAAUGUACUUAAGACGGUAAGCCGAAUUCUAGUUCAAGCGAGUCUUAGUCGCGAAUUUCUCUCUGACAUUCUACAAGAAUAGCAUUUUUGAACCAAAAAGAUAUAAAAGAUUAUGACAUAUCUGUAAAUAAUUCCGAAAUCUUGAUUAGAUCAAACUAACGUUAUUGAUUUUGUUGAUUACAUGGACUAGCUAUCGUUAUAAAACCAGCAAAUUGUUCGUCAGUCAACUACAACAAAAGUGAGAGAAAACAAAUAAUACAUCAUGCUCGACAAUCUUGUACUCAUCAUAGUUAUCUUUAUGGUGAUAGCGCUUUUCUGGAUGCUUUUUUGGGUAUAUGCCAGAUUCAAGUUGAGUUAUUGGAAGAGACGCGGCGUCGAAUUUCUUACCCCCAAUCUAUUUUUUGGGAAUCUCAAAAAUGCCGUGUUUUUCCGUUCCCCACCGUCAUGGCAUAUCGGCGACUUACACAAGAUGGCUCCUCCGGACGCGCCAUUCGUCGGUUUCUACAUCUUCCAUAAGCCGUGUCUACUGCUACGCGAUCUAGAUAUAAUUAAACAAAUCAUGAUCAAAGACUUUGAUAAUUUCACCGAUCGCUACUUUGCUGGCUCCCAUCAGAGGGACAGUAUGGGCAUGAAGAAUUUGUUUGGCAUAAAGAAUCCGGCCUGGAAAUAUGUGCGAUCUAAGAUCAGGCCUACUUUAACGAGGAGCAAGUUGAAAAAUAUGUUACCAUUGAUGAUGGAAAUUACAGAGCCUAUGAUGAAGUAUAUAAACGACCAACUGACUAAUCAAGAAACUGUAAAAGUGUUGGAUGCUCAAGAUAUUUAUUAUAAGUAUACAACUGAUCUGAUCGCUUCAAUCGCGCUCGGUACUAAGAUAGAUUCUUUUUAUCAUCCAAACGAAUUUACGAAUGCAGUUUAUAGAUCCUUUCAUGGAUUAAAGAGAAUGAUUACUCUUGUGAUUGUUUUCUUUAUACCUGAAUUAUUGAGAGUGCUCGGUACAAGGAUGUUUUUCAACUCCUACGACUACGUAAAAAAAAUUUUCUGGACGGCAAUGGAGAAUCGCGAGAAAACCGGCAGAAAGCGAGGCGAUUUCAUUGAUUCGUUGAUUCAAAUAAAGAACGGCGAACAGAAUCCUGUUUAUAAAUUUGAGGGAGAUAAUCUGGUGUAUCAGGCUGCUACUUUUUUCUCUGGCCUUGAAUCUAGUUCUACAUGUGCAGCCUUUACCCUGAUGGAACUAGCGAAGCAUCCAGAGUAUCAGCAGCUGGCUAGGGAAGACAUUAAUAGGGCAAUCGAGAAGCACGGCUGGACGUUCGAAGCGUUCCAGAAUAUGAAGUAUCUCGAACAAACUAUGCUUGAAACUUUGAGGCUACAUCCACCUGUGGGUACUAUCGAUAGAUGCACUCUUCAAGAUUACAAGAUUCCUAAUAGUGAUGUCAUUAUCGAGAAAGGUACACCAAUAUAUAUCUCCUUGUUUGGAUUUGGAGUGGAUCCUAGAUUCUGGGACGAACCGGAAGUAUUUAAUCCUGACAGAUUCGCUGAGGGUAAUAUUCCUGAAGCUUACAUGACGUUCGGUACUGGUCAUAGGAUGUGUAUAGGAAUGAAAUUAGGUCAGCUGCACGCUAAAAUCAUUUUAGCUUCGUUGCUGAGAAAUUAUAAAGUUUGGCAAGUCAAAGAGCACACAAGUUUUCUGGACCGUCGUUCAACCGUCACAACUGCAGGCAAUGGAAUUUAUCUGCACUUUAAAAAGAUAUGAUAACAUUUAUAUAAUUUAUUAACCCGAGAUAGCAACUCAUUACUAAAGUUACGAAUAACAAAAAUUGAAAUAACGAAAUAAAUCUUGCAAUAAUUUUGCACGUUGUUUAAGUUUGCGUAGCAAAAUAUAUUGUCAAGUAUACGUGUAUGUCUGACUUGGGAUAUACUCGCAAUUAGUAUAUAGUGUCUCUUAUCGAAAACAAUUCAUCAGCGAAUUUGGGUAGUGUAGUUUUACAUUAAAACAGAUAGCGGAACCUAUUUAACGUCGGUUCUGAACGGUCUUAUAAUCAGUUACUCAUAGUAAGAUUCUCUCAGGUUUGUUAUUGUUUUCAAAGAGGUAUCAUUCGAAUAAAAAUGAGAUGUUACUGAUCACUUAAAUUUGAUUGUGCCGGAUUUCCGGCACAAAGAGCAGAUACAGGGCCUGGGCACAUACUUUUUCAUAACGCAUAACAGAAUCAGUCGAUCAGAAUCGUCUAUUUUCCUCCCCAGAGGUCCCCAAAAGAUCAUGCAAAUUUUAAUUUACUAGAACACAACAUUGCGCGCGCUUCGCGCGCGCCACUUA